AUGAAAUAUAAUCUAAAUUAAUUAGCACCUAUAGCAAUGUAUUAUUGAUAAAUCCUAUUAGAUUCUGUGGAGUCUUCCUAAUAUUUAAUAAAAAGAAAAAUGACGUUAUGCAAGCUUAUGUAGGUUAUACUUUAAUGAUUUUUGGAUUGAUGUAUAUUAUAUUUCAUAAUUAUUAGAUGGUUGAUUUACUCUUCAAAAGCUCUACUUCUAUUAAUGGUAAACCAUUUAAUUUAUUAUACUAGUAUCAAAAAUUUAUUCAAGAAGAAGUUAAUAUCCAAAUUCAAUAAUAAAGCAAAUAAAAUUUUAAAAACUAAUCAAAGAAAAAAUAAUAAAUAAAAAAUGAGAAUUAUAUGAAGAUUUCAGCAUAAUAGAAAGAAUAAUCAGUUAGAUCAACAACAAAAGAAGUGGAAACUUAAUCAUUCAAGAAAGAGGAAUAAGAAUUAUUAGAAAAUAAGUAAGAAAAUUAAAAGUCAAAUAAAUAAAAAUAAACUUAAAAAAAAUAAGAUUCUGGAAUAGAGCAGAAAAUAAAAAGUACAAGUCAUUAUUUAAAAUAAUUAGAUGAUAAAAAUGAAAUUAAAAAAGAGAAUAAAUAAAAGAAAGUUGAAUAAUAAGUAGUUUAACAAGAAAAUGAUGAUAAUAAUAAUGAUGAUGAAUGGGUUGAAGUUGGAAAUAAAAAGAAAUAAUUGAAUCAUAUAUAAAAAAAAGAAGAGGAAGUUUAAUUAUAAGCAAAAUCAAGUAAAAUUAUUUGUUUAAUAAUUAAGUUCAGUAAUUAUAAAAGAAUUAAAAAAUAAAUGAAUAAUAAUUAAAACAAUAAAUUGAAUUAUAAAGUAAAUAGUAGAAUCUUGUUUAAAAAGAAUCAUUAGAAUCCAUUAAAAUAUAAAAUAAAAAAGAAAAAGAAAAAAAAUAAAAAUAAAAAUAAAAAAUUGAAGAGUAACAAGUUUAAGAUGAAGAUGAAGAAGAAUGGAUUUCAGUCUAAGGAAAAUAAACAAAAAUAAAAGAUAAAACAAAUAUAAAUGAUGAAGUGGAUACAAUAAAUAAUAUUAAAUAAUAGAGUAGAGGAUUAUUUACAAAAGAAGAAUACUAAAAAUUGAAAGAGGAAGCUAAAUAAAUAGAAGAAGCUUAUAGAAUGAGAAUAUAAUAAAUAGAUGAUAUUCAUCACUGUAAUUCAAUUUCAAAAUUGACACAAUAUGAAAUUAAAAAUGCUGAUAAAAUCUUAAAUAAUUAGAAUAUAACAACAAUUCCAAAGAUUGAUUUAAAGAUACUUGAUGUAAAACCAAAAAGUUAUACAAGAGAAGAAAUAGAUAAAUUAGUAUAGGAUAAAAUGCCUAAACCAAAAAAUGUAAUAUCAAAUGAUGUUUUUAUUGAAAAAUCAGAUCCUAUAAAAUGUUAGACAAAGAAUAAAUAAGAAGGAGAUAAGUAAGUUUUAAAAUCAAAAUUGAUUAUAUUCAAAUAAAAUUAAUAGGAGUAAAAACAAUAGAAUGAAUAAUUAAUAUAUACAGAUCCACCUAUAACAUUUAUGGUAAAUAAGAAUAAAUAAUAAUCAUUUUUCAGUGAAUAGAUUGAAUAAACAACGAAUACAAAAGGAAAAGAAUUAUUUGGAAGAGUUAAAAGAUAUAGAAGACCAAUAUAAAAGAAGAAUAUUUCUGAGAUGAAAUAGAAUUAAAAUAAUAUAGACAAUGAUAAUUUUGAGCCUUAAGAAUUAGAUUAAAAUAAAGUGUUAUUACCUAGAUAUUAAGAAUUAGAUGAAUAAGAUAGAAUUAAAUUAAUAAGAGAUACUAUCCCUGUAAUAUAUAGAGAAGAUUUGGAUGAUGAAAAUAUCUUAGAAGAAGAAACUAUGAGUUUAGUAUUAGCAGGCAGAAAAGAAAUAAUUCAUUAAGAAUAUAUUUAAUUAUUGAAUAAAUUUAGAGAUGAAAGAAGAAAGAUAUUAGAAUAGAAGAAAUAUGAUCAAUAUAUAGAUUUAAUUGAAUAGAUGGAUGAAGAAAUAUAUUAAUUAACUGAGGAUGGAAUUAAUAUAAUUAUAUAAUCAUUGAAUAUUAGUUAGGAAGAUUAUGAAAAGUCAUUCUUGUUUUAUUCUUAGAAAUAAGAAUUUGUCUCUUAGCUAGUAUUCUUUUAAUAAAAUCUUAAAGAUAUUCUACCUGCUAAAUUUAAGCUUAAUAAAUUAUAAGGAAUUUAAUUAAUUAAAUAUAAGAUUAAUGUCAUAGAAAAUCGUGACAAAAAUGAAUAAUUUAGUACAGUAAUUAAGGUUUUCAAUAAUAGACAAUCUAAUGAUAAUUCAGCUAUUUUACCAAUAUUAUUGAAUUCAUUAAUUGAUGACAUUAUAUAUUAGAAAUUUGGAUAUGAAGAAGAAGAUAAAAUUAGAUUCAUGAGUAAAAUUUUAUUAUUAUUAUUAAAGAAUUAUUUGAUAAAGAUUAAGAAGUUAGAUAAUUAUAAUUACAAUUAGACCAUCUAGUGGAGAAUCUUUAUGUAUAAAAAAUAAAUUGA